AUGUCCAAGCCAAAGUCCGCCUCUUCCCCAUUUCCGAGGGAAAAGACAUUCAGCUCCUACAACAAGGAACAGGGUAAGGCUUACGCCCAAGCCCGUCGCGACUACCACCCAAAGGUGUAUCAAACCGUCAUUGACCACCACACGUCCACUGGUGGCGGCCUCGAUACACUUCUCGAUGUUGGCUGCGGUCCCGGGCUUGCUGCUCGUGGGCUCUCGUCCCACUUUGCUCACAUCAUAGGGCUGGAUCCUUCGGCAGGCAUGCUCGCUAUCGCUCGCUCCCUGGACAUCGUCUCAUCCACGUCUGAACCGGCACGUUUCGAAAUCUCCACGGCAGAGGAACUUGGAUCAAACCUCUCUCCACCUAUUGCAGAUGCCAGCGUCGACCUCAUCACUGCCUCCAAUGCUGCUCACUGGUUCGACAUGUCUGGCUUCUGGCCCAGUGCAGCCCGCGUCCUUAAGCCGGGGGGCACAGUUGCAAUCUGGACUAGCGGCGAGAUUCGUGCUCACCCGUCCAUGCCCAAUUCUGCUGCCAUCCAGGCGGCCAUGGAUGAGCAUCAGGAGCGAGAUAUGAAACCCUAUAUUGAGCCAGGCUCCCUCAUUGUGCGAAACCGUUAUGUUGAUCUCCCCCUUCCAUGGACGCUGGCCCACCCUGUUGCCGAAUUUGACCAGACAACGUUCGUGCGGAUGGAAUGGGAUCCGAGUGAAGACUUCUUUGUGGGCCUACCUGAAGGGGAUCUGGACAUGUUCGAGAAGGUGAUGGCGACGGGGAGUGCAGAGACACGCUGGCGUCAGGCACACCCAGAUGACGUUGGCACGGAGCGGGAUGUUCUUAAGAUACUUCGCAAGAAGAUUGAACAACUGUUGCACGAGGCAGGUGUUGAGAAAGGACAGGAGAAAAUGAAGGCAGCCGUGUACGGCGUGUUGUUGUUGGUCAAGAAGAAGGCUUGA